AUGAAUCCUAGAGAAGAAAAGUCUAUUCUUGGCAAGUCAUUAUACACUGGUGCUGGGAAUGCCUAUGGAGAGAGAAUGAGAUAUUCUAACGAGAGAAGCCCUGCUCAAGAAUUCAAUUUUGAAGGCGGGAGCCAACAGUCUGACACGAUAAAUGGAGCUACCCUCUCAAGAAGCCAUACCAUCGGGGAGUUACCUGGGAACACUCCGCAGGAAUCCAUAACAGGUCAUGAAGAUGGAGCGUUUGCACCUGAAACAACAGGUUUAGCGCACGCAUCUUCUCAUUCGAAUGCUUCCAGCUCUGAAUCAGACUCCAAGAAAGCAUCCAUCAAAGAAGAAAUUCCCGUGGAAGAAGAAGAAAUUCCUGCGAGAGGAGAAGAAAAUCCCGCGAGAGAAGAAGAAAACGCUGCUUUUUUCGAGAGAAAUCCUGGGGAGACAAACGCAGUAACAUUUGUUCGAGCAUUAAAGUUCUACACUGACCGCAAUAAGAGCCAUCCUGAUUCUUGGAAGAAUCAUUUGCUUGAGAACAAUUCUUUCUUUUUUCCGACUGUUCUCAUUAUUCUUGCGAUUAUAUCCAUUCUGGGGAUAUUCGGGCUAGAACUUUUUGCCUAUUACGCAAGCCAGGACCCAACCAUGUUCAUCUAUCUAUUUGCAAGCAUUGCCUUGAUAAGGUCUGUCUUCUUGAGAACAUACCUAAACUUCACGGUGUUAUUCUGCCUCCUUUCCAGCAUUACUGUAUUCUUGCUCUCGAUGUUGGCUCCUGUCGCUUGGUACGCCUGGACUUUCCUGUACCUUAUAAUGGGAACUUUCUGGUUCGCAGAUGAAAGGCUGAAAAUUGGCUUCAUUGACACGGCACUUCUCUUCCUGAUGACAGGAUCUGCCGUUGGACUUGCCUCAUUUGAGGAUAUUUGCCCGUACUUCGGAAACAAUCUUGGGUUAUUCUGCGGCUUACAGGGGAUGAUUAUCCUAUUUGUUACGCUGAAUUUUGGACUUGUCUCAUACAUAAAGGAGGUUCUCGAAAUAAACAUAACCUCAAACAUCCUGAAAAAGACAGAGGGGAUGGUUCCAAUGGAUGCUAGCCAAGCCAGAAAGGUGAAUGACUUAAAUAAUUCAUUAAAAGACCUGUCAAGGCCAAUGAAGCUCAGGAGUUACUUCAUCCAGGAAAUAUUUAUGAUAGUAGUUAUUCUUGGAGUCUCCAUUCUCACAGGAUCAUGGGUCUUUGGGAUGUUUAUGAGCACGCACAAGGACAUACAAUUUGCUACGCUUGAGCAGAUUAGGCAACAUUACGUCCUAUAA